UUCUCUGUGGUGACGUAAUAUCCAGACAACGAAUCACGGCGGCCCGUUUUUUUCCAGGCCGCCAAUGGAAGAUCGCAGAACUCCCGGUCCCCGCCCCCCCAGUGGCUGGCACACGGAGGCUGGGGCUGGCGGAGGCAGAUGGUCGGAGCCGGGGAGCGCAGCGAUGAAUGGUCCGGCCUGUUCGCAGUUUGACAGCAAGGAGCGAGUGCUGAGACUCGGGGAGAGCUUCGAGAAGCAGCCCAGGGUCGGAUUCCACACCAUCAGAUAUGACUUCAAACCGGCUUCCAUUGACACCUCUUGUGAAGGGGACCUGGAGGUUGGUAAAGGAGAGCAGGUGACCAUCACUCUGCCCAAUCUAGAGGGCUCUACCGCUCCAGUGACAGUAUUCAAAGGGUCAAAGAGACCGUACCUAAGAGAGUGCAUAUUGAUCGUCAACCAUGACACCGGAGAGUGCCGGCUGGAGAAACUGAGCAGCAAUAUCAGUGUGAAGAAGACCAGAGCUGAAGGGAGCAGUAAGAUCCAGUCCCGCAUAGAACAGCAGCAGCAACAAAUGCGAAAUGCCUGCAAGACACCAAGCGGCAAGAGCUCCUCUCCGCUGGGCAAACUGUCCCCCACCUCCCCCAUGGAUGAGAUUGAGAAGGAGUUGAUGGCAGAGGCCAGUGUUAUUGACCAGAUGAGCGGCUCAGACAGCUCCUCGGAAUCCAAGAGUUCGUCAUCCAGCAGUGAUGACAGCUCCAGCGACUCGGAGGACGAAGGAAAGAAAUCUUCCCAAUCCGGCUCCACGUCGCAGUUUCAACCACCUCCCUCCUCCGGCGUGGACGUCCGACAAGCGAAAUCUCAGGACAGCAGCGGGCAGCUGAUCAACACUCUCAGGAACGACCUUCAGUUGAGCGAGUCGGGAAGUGACAGCGAUGACUGAGGCCCCGCCCCCCCCUCGGAUGUGGGACGCUUCAUUUGUUUCCUAUGUACUGUCGAUCCCGCCUCUUUGUUUUGCACUAUGUUGUCUUCAUAUCGGCCGAGAUGAUGAACUUUUUUCAUUCCAGGUAUCUUCCUACUCGGCCGCGCUCCUCUAUACAAACCCACCGCUCCACCACUGCCGCCGCCGCGACUUUCACAAUAUGAUCAAGUUGCCAUUUUUUUUUUUAAUUGACCUAAAAUAUGAUGAAAUAAUAUGACCGACCCAGGAUAACCCUCCUCUAUUCAGCCUGUUACAGUCAGAGAACGGAUCUGUAUAUUAGGUGUAUCAUGGAACCAGAAGCUCCAGAGAAAAAAAAAAAAAAAGGAGAAUAAAAUAAUUUUCAGUAUUAUCGACAUUAUUCCACCAA